CGACGUUAUAUUUAUUAUCAGGGUGGUAAGUAGGGACUGAAGUGGUUAAACAGAGUGUAAUAACAUCCUCUACAUUUAGGCUACCGAAAAAGUCAUGUCAUUGUAGAAAGCAACGUACAAAUCGAUAGAUAGUGUCUGACUGUGUGAGGCAGCCACUGGAUUGAAAGACGAUAAGCCUCCAUUACACCGAUAUUAAACGAAUGAGGACAUGAUUUCAUCAUAAGAAAGCCCAAAUGACUGUGUUUACAGGACUCUGACGCGUGGGGUGAGGCGACUCACGUUGAUAACGUCCUUGUCAUCUUUAUGUGGACACCACAAUAAACUUCCUGGUUUGUUCACUCGGCAACAUGGAGGUCUCCGUGCUCGGGGUGCUGCUCUGUGUCUGCAUGCUGGACGUUGUGGCAGCCAUAUGUCCUGAUGGAACAUACGGGUACGAAUGUGGUUACCAAUGUCACUGUCCUGUGGCGAAAUGUGAUGCUACCAAUGGCUGUAACCCUGAAGAUUGUUACACAGGUUGGUCAGGACCGACAUGUCAGAAACGCAAUAUGGCUCUCAAUCAAAUAACAUCAGCCAGCUCAAUCUAUAAGAAGUCAAGCAAUGCUGUAAAUGGAGACACCAGAGCAAACAGCACGGACGUGUGCUUUCAUUCACUCUGGAACAACGCCAUAACAGAUGCGUGGUGGAGCGUUGAUCUUGGGGAGGAAAUACUUGUACAAAACGUCACCAUAUACUUCAGAACAGACUAUAAAGUUCGUCGGAAUGGUAUCCAGAUCUACAUAGCUGAUACUGACGCCUCCCCAACUGAUGGAAUCAACUGCUACAACGUGACAGGGAACAGAGACGGGACAGACAUACCUGAUGUUUUGAACGUCACAUGUUCAGGCGAAGGGCGCUAUCUGGUCCUGUACACCACCACUGUCAACAACGAACUUCAUGGUCUGAGAGAACCAGUCCUGGAUUUCUGUGAAGUGGAGGUUGACGUGUGUAGCAAUGGUACUUUCGGCGCUGAUUGUGACAACUACUGCCACUGUGACAGCGAGGUGUGCGACUACGUGAGCGGUGUCUGUCCUGGCGGAGUCUGUCUACCGGGUUGGGCAACAGAGACGUGUGAUACAGAGUGUGAAUCUGGCCACUAUGGAGCCAACUGUAGUGAGAUUUGCCUGAACAGAAACUGCAAGGGCGACAACUCUAGUUGUGACCACGUGACAGGGACGUGUGCUGAAGGCUGUAAGGCAGGAUGGAAUGGAACAGAUUGUACACAGAAAUGCUUACAAUCGUAUGGCGACGGCUGUUCCAAAAUGUGCUCAGAGAGGAAUUGCGAUGAGACCUCACCAGACAACUGUGAUCACGUGACCGGCGAGUGUGAAAGUGGCUGCAAGCCAGGAUGGAAAGACACUGACUGUACAGCAGCAUGUAUCCUUCAUGUUGAGUACGGAGCUAACUGUGUGGGUAACUGCAGUGCCCGGAUGUGUGGGGGAGGGACGGGCACCUGUCCCCGGGAUACAGGCCGGUGUGAGUCAGGAUGUCAGUCAGGAUGGAAGGGAGAAGACUGCAUUCAAGUGUGUAGUCUUGGUUCAUAUGGUGCCAACUGUACUGGAGAAUGUGGACAUUGUCGUGACUCCAAGACCUGUCACCAUGUCAACGGUGCCUGCCCGAGUGGAUGCAGUGAUGGGUGGACGAACCAGAUCUGUACACAAAGAUGCAGUCGCGGCACAUUCGGAGCGAACUGUUCUCGCGUGUGUGGAGAAUGUCAGGACAAACAAGCUUGUCACCACGUGAACGGCACGUGCUGGGGACUGUGUGGCCCAGGAUGGACAAGUGACGACUGCAGGGAAGAGUGUCAAGACGGAGAGCACGGUGCUGGAUGUGGCGAGGGCUGUGGACACUGCUUGGGUGAUGUCGUGUGUAACAAGACUAACGGGGCGUGUCCUGGAGGAUGUCGGGAGGGAUACACAGGAGACAUGUGCAUCGUGCAAGAGCCUGUAGAAGCACCGCCGACGGAUGCAGGUGUCAUAGCAGGAUCUCUAGUUGCCAUCAUCAUUGCAGUAGUCGUCGUAAUUGUGGCUGUGGUCUUCGUCAGAAGGAGAAGAGGUAAUCAUCAGAAAUCUGAAAACGACACCAGUAUGGUCAAGAUGAAGGAAGAGGAUGCACACGAGACGGGAGUAGACAACCCUGUACGUGUCCUAGAGGAGGACCACGGUGCCACGUACUACAACAUAGCGAGUGCUCCUGCAUUGACGGUGGUGUCUGUAGAUCAGUUGGGGGAGCGGAUCAAGGAGCUGCAGGUGCCCGUCGGGGGAUUCCAGGUCGAGUUUCAGAAGCUGCCCUCCACCUUCACCAGAUCUUACAGCAUCUCCCAGCUGGAGAAAAACAAGGGCAAAAACAAGUACCGAAGUUAUUACCCCUAUGAUGCCACUCGGGUCGUGUUGAAGGAGGUGCCAGACCAGCCUGGUUCCGACUACAUCAACGCAAGCUACAUCGAUGGGCAUUCUCAACCCAAAGCCUACAUAGCAGCACAAGCUCCUAACGCGAAGACACUGACCGACUUCUGGAGAAUGAUCUGGGAACAGAACUGUACACGAAUCGUCAUGCUGACAAAUCUGAUGGAAUUGGGAAGGCUGAAGUGCGAUGCGUACUGGUCCGACAUAUCAGACAUGCGUAUAGGAGACUUCGUCAUAUCUGUGACCGACUCCAGAAUUCGGGCUCACUGGGCCGUCAGGGAACUAGUGGUAACAGAGAAAAAGGCAAACACAACACGGCGUUUUCAUCAUUUCCACUUCACAACAUGGCCGGAUCAUGGAACCCCCGAGGAGACGGCCUUCACUGAGUUUCUGUGGCUGGUCAGGACGUCAUACAACACCCAGGAUGACCCUCUACUGGUACACUGCAGUGCUGGGAUUGGUCGGACAGGGACAUACAUCGCCGUGGACUACCUGCUGGACCAGGCUCUGGCUGAAGAUAGGGUGGAUGUGUUUGGUUGUGUCUCGAGGAUGAGAGACCAGAGGAAGGGCAUGAUACAGACCGAGGAGCAGUACACGUGUGUUUAUAUGGCCCUGUAUGAAACACUCGUAUUUGGUAAUACUUCCAUCAGCGUUGAGGAAUUCAGAAACAGCCGAAAUAUGAAAGGGACGUUCAGCACAGGACGAAUGCCAAUCGCCAAGUUCAUAGAGGCCCUGAACACACAAAGGAAGGAACAGUCCCAGGGAACCAGUGUCAAAGGUCGUGUGUGGAUAAAUGGACGCACAGACAUCCUGGCUGUCAGUUCGCGGUCCCACCUGUCAGUGAAGGGCUACCUGCUAACUGAGGCCCCUUCCGUCACCACGGCUUCUCUGUUCUGGAAACUCACCGAGGAACAGGAGUCUUCCACUGUCAUUGUCCUGCCAGACUCACACCAGAGCCUGUCCAGUUUUGUGCCAUCGACAGGAGACAGCCUUGAUCUGGAUCCUGUGACUGUCAGAUGCUCCACAGAGGUCCCCAUCAACUCUGACAUCACCCUCUUGAACAUCCACAGAGAGAUGGAGAAUUCCCCAACAACACUUGUGCGUGUGUAUGUCUUGAACAUCCUACCCCAGGAAUCCCCUUCCACUUUCUUAGAGCUGCUGGAACAAGUCGACCGCCACACAGAUGUCAACCCGAACACAGUUACUGUCUUAUACAGCGAUGGCAGCAGACAGAAUGGAGCCAUGCUGUGUAUCCUGAACAAUAUUGUCCUCGGUUUGAAGCAUGACAAACGAGUUGAGAUCUACAACAACAUGAGAGCUGUGGCCCACUGUCUGGACCAGGACAUCACACAGGCUGACGUUUCCCUGUGUUACGACAUGGCCUCGGCUUACAUCGAGUCCCAGAACAUCUACGCCAACAUGUGAUGGACAGCCCAGUGUGUUGCAUCAAUACUGCACUGACAGAUUGGGAACCUUCAAGAAUCUCGAUUGCACGAUACUUCUAGCCAUUGAUCUUAAAAUAGUAUAGGAAUCAGAUAUGAAAUGCUGAUCUCACUAACAUAUCUUCACAGGUGUGCAGAUCAACAGACCGUUUUGGAUGCAUCCUCCCUGAAGUACGGUGUCUGAAGUCAUUCACAUACUAAUUCAGCCAUGCCAAUCUCACCACAUGACAUGGAUAGAUGAAUUGU